CCAAACAUUCAUAUGAUUGAUUUAUAUUAUUUGUCUAUAUAUAGGUACGUACAUGCAUCUAGUUUAGAUUUUUAUUAGUUAUAACACAAAAUUAGUACAAAAUUAAGUAAGAAACGAUACCACCAUGGAGGUGAAACACCAACAACAAGUGUUAUUAUUAUUGAGUGUAUCAUCAACAUUAUUAUUAAUAAAUAAUGAUCACUUAAUAUUAGCUAGUAAUAAUAUUACUCUUCAAGGCUGCCCUGAAACCUGUGGCUCAGUAAAAAUACCUUACCCUUUUGGAACCAAACAAGGUUGUUAUUACAACAAAAAGUUCCUCCUCAACUGCAAACAAACAAAUCCUUCCCACUCCCCAAAACUUUUCUUCCCCAAUAGUACGUUUUCCAAUAUUCUCCAUAUUUCAAUCCAACCCAGCGAAAUCCUUGUCAAGGGAAAAGUUUCUCGAGAUUGUUACGACAAGAGUGGAAAACUUAUUGAUAAACAAAGCAAGCUUAGGUCUCGUAUGUGGACCGAGUCUAAUAAUAUGUUUCCUUUGAGUACGAGGAACAAGUUCAUAGGCGUUGGAUGCGAUACGGUGGCAAUCAUCGGUGUCAGAGAAGGGAGCUACAUGGCGGGGUGUGUGGCCUCAUGUUACGAUAUAAACGACGUCGUAAAUGGUUCUUGUAGUGGAAUUGGAUGUUGUGAGACUGAUAUCCCACCUGGGGUUUCUAAUGUCGUUACGUUUGUUCAGAGCUUAAACAACGGUAACUCCACAAAUCAUAGUUUGGUUCACCACUUUAAUCCCUGCGGUUAUUCUUUUGUGGCGGAAAAUGGUUCUUACAACUUUACCACGGUUGAUUUGAAGGAUUUGAUGAAAAAGAAGAAGAAGUUUCCGAGGAUGGUGUUGGACUGGGCUGUUGGGAAUUUGACUUGUGAAGAGGGCAAGCUCGUGAAUAAUCGGAGUGGCAAUGGGUAUGCAUGCGUAGCUGAAUAUAGUGAAUGUGUUAACUCAACUAAUGGGUCUGGAUAUCAGUGUAAAUGCUUAAAUGGAUAUGAAGGAAACCCUUAUCUACACCAUGGAUGCCAAGAUAUAAACGAGUGUGAGAGAUUUUAUAAUAUAUGCAAGGAAAGGCAGUGUAAAAACGGGGGAGGGACAUAUAACUGCUCUUGUCCCCAUGGAUAUACUUCUACUUCUACACUACUCCUCAACGGUACUGAAAUAUUCCGAUGCCAUCCUACCUAUCAUUUUGUGGCAAAACUUUCUCUCGCCUUGGGUAUAUGCACAGGCUUUUUGAUACUGGUUGUAGGGAGCUCUUGGAUUUAUUGGGGAGCCAAAAAGAGAAAGCUUAUCUUACUCAAACAAAAAUUCUUUCAACAAAAUGGUGGGUUUUUGUUACAACAACAACUCGUAUCAAACCAUUUAUUAGGCGCAGAGACUGCAGUAGCAAAAAUUUUCACAGCUAAUGAGCUUGAAAAGGCCACUAAUAACUUCGAUCAAAGUAGAAUUAUUGGUCAAGGAAGCUACGGAACAGUAUACAAAGGUGUAUUAACAGAUAACAAAAUGAUAGCUAUCAAGAAGUCAAAAAUUGGGGAUCAAAGCCAAAUCGAACAAUUCAUCAAUGAGGUCAUUGUGCUUACUCAAAUCAACCAUCGAAAUGUGGUCAAAUUAUUGGGAUGUUGUUUGGAGACAGAAGUUCCUCUAUUGGUUUAUGAGUUUAUAACAAAUGGUACACUUUAUGAACAUUUACAUAACACUUUAGGCCAACACUCUUCAAUACUAUCAUGGGAAAUGCGUCUAAAAAUUGCUAUAGAAACUGCGGGUGCAAUUGCGUAUUUGCACUCUUCAACUUCGAUUUCAAUCAUACAUAGAGAUAUUAAGACUGCAAAUAUUUUGAUAGAUGACAAUUACAUAGCAAAAGUAUCAGAUUUUGGAGCUUCGAGACUAGUUCCUAUUGAUAAAACACAAUUAACUACUUUAGUACAAGGGACGUUAGGUUAUUUAGAUCCAGAAUAUUUUCACACUAGUCAGUUGACUGAAAAGAGCGAUGUUUAUAGUUUUGGAGUAGUUUUGGCCGAACUCUUAACUGGAGAAAAGGCACUUUCAUUUGAUAGGUCAGAAAAUGAACGAAACCUAGCGUUGUACUUCAUUUCUUCGAUGGAAGAAGAUGAUUUGCUUCGAAUUCUCGACCAUAAUUUGAUUACUAGUGUUGAGGAUAAUAUGGAAAAAAUAAAAGUGAUGGCUAAUGUUGCGAAAGGGUGCUUACGAGUAAGAGGAGAGGAAAGGCCUACGAUGAAGGAAGUUGCGAGUGAGUUAGAGGGUUUGAUAGAGAGGGAGUUGCAUCCAUGGGGAGAAGAAGAUCUCAAUGUAGAAGAGACUGAAUAUUUGCUUGAAUCUUCAGGACUAUGUAAUAUGGGUACUACUGAAAUAUUUAAUGUUUGUAAUAUUUAUGGUGGUAGUUUUAGUAAUAUAAGUGUAGCAAGGAUGGAAAGCUUGAGUAACGAAAUUUAUUUGGAGUCGUAUGGUGAUGGUCGAUAA